AUGCCACCCAAGACAAAAGUCGUCCCCAAGGUCGAGCCCCCAGCUGCUCCAGAAUCUCCCCCAGACACCAUCGCCCAGCGCUCAGAACAGCGCUUCUUCCAAACAAACCCCGUCGAGAAACGCCGUCAGCAAGUCGGUCUAUCGUCUCUGACGCCCGCUGAAAAGAAGACUUACGCACACGUUCAUCUUAUUCACCCCGCCGUUAACCGUCGCGUACCCUUCUCCAACAAGACAGAGCGCGAGUUCUGGAAGUUUGUCACAAAAGAGGGUCUUCCCAUCCGCAGACUCCCCCGCGACCACGCCUGGGGAACAGACCGAACCGGACGAGAUAUCGGAUCAUACUCGCCCGCUGAAUUCGAGCAACGCACCCUCAAGCACAGCAAGCUCACCUCGCUGCAGAUCCAGCACCGCCAGUUCCUCAGAAAACGAGAGCUAAAGCACGAGAUAACCGACGAGGACAUCACCGCUGAAAAGACGAGGAGGAAAGCCAUGGCUGCGCUCAAGAGGGAAUUGUACGGCGAGAUCACGGGUACUCUGUCUCAGGACCCUGAGUGGGACGAUGUGAUCCCCAUUCCACAGAACGAGCCCGAAGGCGCCCUCGCGCAGAUUGCCUACCCGGACGAUUACGCCGAGGCCGUCUCCUACCUCCGCGCCGUCAUGGCCGCGGACGAGUGCUCACCUCGAAGUCUUCGUCUGACCGCGCACGUCAUUUCCAUGAAUCCAGCGCAUUAUACCGUCUGGUUGUUUCGUUUCAAGAUUAUUUCCACUCUCAAGCUCAGCAUCCCUGACGAAAUCAAGUGGUUGAACGAGGUUGCUUUGGCUAACCUGAAGAACUACCAAAUCUGGAACCAUCGACAGCUUCUCAUGGACUACUAUUAUCCCCUUAUUGAGGAGGAUGAUCAGACGAUUCGAAAGCUUGCUCGUUCCGAGACUCAGUUUAUCACCCGGAUGUUGGAAGAGGAUGCCAAGAAUUACCAUGUAUGGUCUUACCGUCAGUAUCUCGUCUCUAAGCUGUUCAUGUGGACCAUGGGCGAGCUUCUGUCUACACAGAACCACAUUGAAGAGGAUGUGCGAAACAACUCUGCCUGGUCGCACCGUUUCUAUCUCGUCUUUUCAGACCCAACAGCCUCCACACGUGGAUCUGGACCUCUUGAUGCAGACCCUCGUAUCCCAGCAGAGACGCUCGAUCGUGAAAUCAACUACUGCAAAGAAAAGAUCAACCUUGCCCCUCAAAACCAAUCUCCAUGGAACUACCUGUUUGCCGUUCUGUCCAAGGGCGCUCGUCCCCUGUCCUCGCUCAAGGAGUUUGCUGAGGGCUUUGUCAGUGCACUGGGCGAGGAUGCAGAGGAGGUUCGCAGCUCUCAUGCACUUGACUUCUUGGCCAAGCUCUACGAUGAAGAGGGUGACAAGGAGAAAGCUGAACUGUGUCUGCGACGAUUGGGCGAGAAGUGGGAUCCUGUACGAGAGGGAUACUGGAAAUACCGGGUGCAGCUGUUGAAGAGUGGUGCGAAGGAGUAG